UAAUCGCCAUCAAAGAAAUCCACCGAUUAUUCUGGCUGCUCGUAACUUCUGUUUACACUCUCUUUAUCUUCUGACACCAGUGACGAGUGGCGCAACACGGGACAUAAAACUCUCUGCACAAAGGCUCCUUUGCCGCUUCGUCGCCAUGAGCAUCCAAUCCUCCUUCGCCGGCGUCGCUCUUCCGCUCCCAGUUGCCGUGGUGCCCCUACGUCGCUCCGUCAGUUUAAUUCGAGCUAAAGUAGAACCUUCUGAGAAGACAGUUGAGAUUAUGAGAAAAUUCUCAGAGCAGUAUGCUCGGCGUUCUGAGACAUACUUUUGUGUUGACAAAGGAGUGACGUCUGUUGUCAUCAAGGGGCUUGCUGAUCACAAAGAGACUCUUGGGGCACCCCUAUGUCCUUGCAGGCAUUAUGAUGACAAAGCUGCUGAGGCGGCACAAGGAUUUUGGAAUUGUCCAUGUGUACCUAUGCGUGAGAGUGAUAGAUGCGGAGGGGACCUUUCAAGAGGCCAGCAGACAACUAUCCUCAAAUAUGAGAGGCUCUUUAGUUUAGUUGGGUCGUGGUGCUGGAGUUGGUUAGAGAAAAAUAUGGUGGUUUUAAAAGAGAUUGUCUGGGGUCAUGAGAAGAUUCUUGGAAGGAGUGCCACUGUAUGCUCUUUCUUACACCUGAUAAUGAUUUUGCUGGGAGGGAACAGAGCAUAACAUUGGACGAGAUAAAAGUGUCAACAUCAAAUCUUUAACUAAAGUUUCAUAGUUUGCAUACUUUUAAACUUGCAAUGUUGCAUAGAUUUCAAAGCAAAUGAUAUAAACUUCCGAUAUGAGUUAAAUUACUAUAUGGCCUCCUCUGUUCAGGCUGAUGGACUGAAUCGAGUCCAAGUAGCUGUUAUUUGCCAAUGACCAUGUGAGCAAGUCCUCAGCAAAUGUAUAUCUACUAAGAAAAGUGUUGGCUUUGAUCUGAUCCCGGCCUGUAGUUUCAAUAGCAUUUAUUUGCCACCUGUGCUUAGCUUUUAAUCUUGAAAUGUAAAUAAAUUUUCUGACAGUUUAUCGAGAAAUGAUGCCUAGGGGGGUGGUAAAUAUAGGCAUAUGCAGUUAUAAUUACAAGCUUUGGAAAGAUAGCAAUUAAUGUGUUGUUUUUAUUGCA